UUUAAAAAAAAUAAUGUACAGAGAAAGCACAACAACAAAGGCUCCCAACAAGAAUGAGAGCAACAACUUGAUCCAUAAUCCCAGAACAGAGGAUUUUAAGAAACAAACAAAAAAGAGUGCCUUUGAUGUAUUAAACGAAGUAGAUCCGCCGGACGGUCGCGGUGUUAAGUUUUCAGUUUUUAUAGUAUCUGAAAAAUUCGAAGAGAAAAGUCUUCUGUCGCAUCACAAAUUAGAUUUCUCGCAGAGGAGUUGACGAGUACCCACGCAUUUUUGCAAAAAUGCUCGAGGCCGGAGCAAUGGAAAAGAAGAAGAAUGUCAAGCUAGCAGCCUCAGCUGUGGACGGACCAGCGAGCAACAGAGAAGGGUCCCUAGAGCUGAGGAUCUCGGCGCCGGGCAAGGUGAUACUGUUUGGGGAGCACUCGGUCGUCUACGGCAAAACAGCCCUGGCGGCGAGCCUGAAGCUGCGCAGCACGCUGAUUCUCAGGGAGUUGCCGGAACCGGCCGAUGGUGGCUGCUGCCAAAUCGAGAUGCCGGGAGUCGGGCUGUCGAUCCAGCUACCCGCGGAUCGACUGCAGGAGAGCCUGCUGGCGCCGGAGGGCGAGCAAGCCGCCCGCGACGACUCCGACGAGGAGCCGGACCACGCGCAGCUGCUGGAGCGUGCGCGCGACUUCACCCGCGAGCACGUGAAGGGCGCGGCCACGCUGGAUCAGCGCCAACGGUGCAGUCUCGAGUGCGCGCUGUACGCGCUGACUCGCGUGGCCUGGGCCGAAGACCUGUGCCAACUGCCCACGGCGGGCUUCUUGCUGCGACUCACCACCGAGCUGCCGCUGGGCGCUGGCCUGGGCAGCUCCGCCUCCUUCUCCGUGUGCCUGGUCGCCGGCUUCCUGCUGUGGGCGCGGCUGCGGCGCUGCGGCAAGCUCAUGCUCGAUAGCCAGACCCUUCGUCAGGUGUCGUGUCAUGCCCUCGGCUGCGAGAGGAUCAUGCACGGCACGCCCUCCGGCGUGGACAACGAGGUCUGUACCUUCGGCUCGGUGAUCGAGUUCCGCAAGGGCGAGGAGCCGAUACUGCUACCGCUUAGCGCUGGUCGCCUGGCGGAGUUGCGCGUACUGCUCGUCGACACCCGCGUCGCCAGAAGCACCAAGCUCAUUGUCGACAGGCUCGCCCGGUUGCACGUGCAGUAUCCGGAGGUGUUCGAUGCGAUUUUCGAGGCCAUCGACCGACUGAGUCGUCGCGUUAUCGACAUCGUCAAGGCUCCGAGCAGCGAGGAUGCUCAGUUGCUCGAGGCUUGCCGGCAACUCUCGGCUUUGAUUGACGUUAAUCAGGGACUCUUGACUGCUUGCCAAACGUCCCAUCCGACUAUCGAUUCGAUCUGCGCCAUCGCCCGAAGGCAUGGUCUCUCGGCUAAGCUGACGGGUGCCGGAGGUGGUGGAUUUGUUUACGCUCUCGUUCCACCCGACAUGCCUACCGACAAGCUGCACAGUAUAACUUGCGAGCUGACCGCUAAUGGAUUUUCAGUUGUAGAAACUAGUAUUGGGGGCUCCGGUUUAGAUGUAGCUAUUGCCUAUGAUAAUCAUUAGUAC